ACACCCCGUGACCUUAUUACACACUAAUUCCUCAAACCUCUCCAUUGUGGCAAUGGCUUCUAAGUUCUUUCAUCUUGUGAAAGUUUCAUCAUUUCUCAUAAUCUUCCAUUUCCUCAGCUCUCGAUCUCUAGCAGAUGUCCCUCUAAACACUCCUCUCCCACCAGAAACCAUUUGCAAGUCCACCCCACAUCCUUCUUACUGCACAUCUGUCCUUCCCCACAACAACGAAAGUGUCUAUGACUUUGGCAGGUUUUCAGUCCAACGUGCACUUUCCGAAUCCCAUAAGCUCUUAGAUUUGUAUGAAAAAUAUCUUCAAAAGGGUUCAAGUUUAACAAAUCCUGCAAUCCAAGCACUUGAGGACUGCAAGCAGCUUGCAUUGUUAAACAUUGAUUUCUUAUCGAGCUCCCUCGAAACUGUUAACAAAGCGAGUGAUGUUCUUCCUAUCUUGGAUGCCGAUGAUGUCCAAACAUUGCUUAGCGCAAUUCUAACCAACCAUCAAACUUGUUCCGAUGGGAUUGCAUCUCUGCCUUCUUCAGCUGGGAGUGUCCUAGGUGAUCUAUCAGUUCCACUCUCUAACAACACAAAAUUGUAUAGUACCUCUUUGGCUCUCUUUACCAAGGGUUGGGUGCCUAAGGACAAAAAUGGGGUGCCAAAGCAACCCAAGAGGCAGUUCAAAUUCGGGAAGGGACGUUUGAACUUGAAAAUGUCAACCCAUGCUCGUGCAAUUUAUGACUCCGCUAUCAAUCAUCGGGGAAGAAGGCUACUUCAGGUGGGAGACGAAGAAGUUUUGGUGAAGGACAUUGUGGUUGUGAGUCAAGAUGGAAGUGGAAACUUCACCACCAUCAAUCAAGCCAUUGCCGUUGCACCAAAUAACUCUGUUGCUAGUGGUGGGUACUUCAUGAUAUAUAUCACUGCCGGUGUUUAUAAAGAGUACGUGUCAAUUAUAUCACAAAAGAAGUAUUUGUUGUUCGUCGGAGAUGGUAUCAAUCAGACUAUCAUCACAGGAAAUAACAGCGUAGGAGAUGGAUCGACAACUUUCAAUUCUGCUACUUUAGCUGUGGUGGCACAAGGGUUUAUGGCAGUAAACAUCACUGUACGUAACACAGCUGGACCAAGCAAAGGACAAGCAGUUGCACUUCGAAGCGGAGCGGAUUUUUCAGUGUUCUAUAGUUGCAGCUUUGAAGGGUACCAAGAUACCUUGUACACACAUUCCCUUAGACAAUUCUACAGAGAAUGUGAUAUCUAUGGAACAGUUGAUUUCAUAUUCGGCAAUGCUGCUGUUGUUCUACAAAAUUGCAAUAUCUACCCUCGUCAGCCUAAUCAAGGGCAAUCCAAUCCCAUCACAGCUCAAGGUAGAACGGACCCGAAUCAGAACACAGGAACUUCAAUCCACAAUUGCACUAUUACACCUACACCUGAUUUGGCUUCGAGUAAUUAUACUGUCCAGACCUAUCUAGGGAGGCCAUGGAAGGAGUAUUCAAGAACAGUUUACAUGCAAACUUUCAUGGGAAGUUUAAUUGAUCCUGCUGGAUGGCUUGCUUGGAGUGGAGACUUUGCACUGAGUACAUUGUAUUAUGCUGAGUACAAUAACACUGGUCCUGGAUCAAACACUACAAAUAGAGUUACAUGGCCCGGUUACCAUGUGAUCAAUGCAACUGUUGCUGCUAAUUUUACAGUCUCCAACUUCUUGCUGGGGGAUAAUUGGUUGCCUGACACUGGAGUCCCUUACACUGGUGGUUUGGUUUGAGCAACUUGUUAAAAUUGUUGUAUUGUUUAUUUCAUUUGAUGUGCUUUUAUGAUAAACAUUCUUAUUGUGAAAUGGUGAAAGCUAUAUUUAUAAUUUGAAAGUGUAUGGUUUCUAAUUUAUAAUUAAAACAAAAUGCUUCAAGCUA